AUGGCCACAAAGCUGAACGGAUCGUCAAAUGGAGGUCUGAGGAACAGUGCUGGCAGCAAACCUGUCAAAAAGCUUGUAAUCCGUGGCCUUAAGACAUCGAAGGGGCUGCCUGACGAUUACGAGCAAAAGACAUGGGAGAAGCUGCAGGCCGCCAUCGCUGCCGUGCAGAACAAACAGGCCGUCCAGUAUGGUGAAGAAGAGCUCUACAAGGCCACCGAGAACCUGUGCUCGCAGAAACUGGGAGCAGGACUCUACAGCAAGAUCCAGGGCGAGUGCGAACGCCACAUUCGCGCUCAGAAGGCCGCCCUGCAGCAGCUGGUUCGCACUCAAGAGCCGUCUAGCUUCCUCAUCUCCGUGAACAACGUUUGGAACGACUACUGCCAGGCUAUGUUUUACAUCCGCAGCAUAUUCUUGUAUCUGGACCGCACAUACGUGAUCCAGACAGCAGGCGUCAGUUCGCUGUGGGAUCUGGGCCUCCAGCUGUGGCGCGACAACGUCAUCGCCGACUCAGAGGUGGAGAAGAAGCUCAUCGUCGGCCUGCUCAGCCUCGUCGAGCGCGAGAGAGACGGCGAGAUGGUGGAGCGGGACUUGAUCAAGAAUCUCAUUCGCAUGCUGGCUUCCAUUGGCGUCUAUGCCGAGCGAUUCGAGAGGAGCUUCGUCGUAGCCACUGGCAAAUACUAUUCGCAAGAGUCGGCGCGUCUGCUAGCGGAUAUGGAGAUGGCGGACUACUUGGCCCACGCGGAGGAGCGACUGGUGCAGGAGGAGCAGAGAGUGACACACUACCUGGAACCCUCCACGCGACGUCCGCUGCUCACCGCCGUGGAGAAUGCCCUCAUUGCCGCCCACGCCGACGGCAUUCUCCAGAAGGGAUUCGACCGUCUCGUCGACCAAGGCCGAGUUGCGGAUCUCGCCCGGCUCUACACACUCUUCUCCCGAGUACAGAGCCUGCCCUUGGUGCGAGUCGCUUUCAACACACACAUCAGGGCUGCCGGAGCUGAGAUCGUAAAUGAUGCGGAGAGGGACAAGACGAUGGUCCCUACGCUGCUGGAACUCAAGACCAAGCUGGAUACCAUCUUGCGAGACUCGUUCCACUCGACAGACAUAUUCGCGCACGCCAUGAAGGAGGCCUUCGAACAUUUCAUCAACACCCGAGAAAACAGACCCGCUGAGCUCAUCGCCAAGUUUGUCGACGCCAAGCUCAAGGCUGGCAACAAAGCGGCUACCGAAGAGGAGCUCGAAGCGUUGAUGGAUCGUGUCAUGGUGCUGUUCAGGUUUAUCAACGGCAAAGACGUGUUCGAGGCCUUCUACAAGAAGGAUCUCGCCAAGCGACUCCUCCUGGGCAAGAGUGCGUCGAUCGACGCCGAGAAGUCGAUGAUCUCCAAGCUCAAGACCGAGUGCGGCAGCGGCUUCACCUCGAAGCUGGAGGGCAUGUUCAAGGAUGUGGAGUUGUCGAAGGACAUCAUGAUCUCCUUCCGCCAGUCUCGCCAGGCUCAAGAGCUGAAGGACCUGGAGGUCAACGUGAGCGUUCUGACGACUGGCUACUGGCCUGCCUACACUCCGCUUGACAUCAAGCUGCCGCCGCAGCUGGCCCACUGCCAGGAUGUCUUCCGAGCGUUCUACUUGGGCAAGUACCAGGGCCGCCGCCUGUUCUGGCAGCACACCCUCGGUCACACGGUCCUCAAGGCCUUCUUCCCCAAGACGGUGGUGAUGCUUCUCUUCAACGACACCAAGUCGAUCUCGUACAAGGACAUUGCCGAGGCCACGGGCAUCGAGCAGAAGGAACUGAAGCGGACGCUGCUCUCUCUCGCAUGCGGCAAGGUGCGCCCACUGACGAAGGAGCCCAAGGGCAAGGAGGUGGGCGAUGACGACGUCUUCAACUUCAACGACGACUUCCGCCACAAGCUCUACCGCAUCAAGGUCAACUCUAUUCAGAUGAAGGAGACCGAGGAGGAGAACACAAAGACAAAGGAGAGCGUGUUCCAGGACCGACAAUUCCAGAUCGACGCUGCCAUCGUGCGCAUCAUGAAGACCAGGAAGACCCUCACGCACAACCAGCUCAUGGCCGAGCUCUAUCAGCAGCUCAAGUUCCCGCUCAAGCCUGCGGAUGUGAAGAAGCGAAUCGAGAGCUUGAUCGACAGAGAGUACCUGGAGCGCGACCCGAAGAACACCGCCAUCUACAACUACCUGGCGUGA